UCCAUUUUGAGCCGACUCCGGGAUUUCCGGGAUUUCGUAGAACUGGGUUCGCUCAAGCCCAGUGAAACAACAUCGCCCUCAGUCGCUGGGCAACAAUGUUAAUAGGAACAAGAGAACCGAUUCUGUGAAUCGAGGCCCCUUUUUUAUUUCCUUUCACGCUGUGAACUAUUUGGAAUACGUUUCCAGAGUUGACAACAACAAGCUCUCUUCCGAAUAGUUACUUAGUUAUCAGUUUUAAAUAGGCGACCGGUCAGACAGCAGGUAAUCGACGAAAAGAUCAUCCUGUUACUAACUGUAACAUUAAUGUUGUUUGGGACAAGAACUCACGACAGACAGAUUUUCUGUGUGGAAAUCCACAUACAGACUGAGGUGACUGUCAACGUCUUUGAAAUUUGUAAAGAUGCCUGUUCCUCCUCCCCCACCACCUGGACCUCCACCGCCACCAACCUUUAGCCAGGCAAACACCACUCCUCCAAAAAUUUCUCGAGAUGAAGCCAAGGGAAGAGGUGCUUUGCUGUCAGACAUCUGCAAAGGAAAGAAUUUAAAGAAAGUCACCGUGGUUAAUGACAGAAGUGCCCCUGUCAUUGAAAAGCCUGGAGGUCGAGGUGGCAGUAGUGGUGCCAGUGGGGGAGGUGGAGGUGGUGGAGGAUUUGGAGGUGGUUCUGGGCCGAUGGCCAUGGGAGGGUUGUUCAGUGGAGGAGUACCUAAACUACGGCCAGUCGGAGACAGCUCUGUGGGAAGGUCAGCACUACGGCCACCUGGAUCUCGCCCUGCAGUGCCCCGUGUUGCAAGUCAUUCAGAGCUAGAUGGUUCUGGCCGUAGUGGAGAAGGAGAUCGCGCAACACCUCCUGAACCACCAAGAAACCAACGUCCUUCACUGCCAGAUGUUUCCAAAUCAUCCGCAGCCAGCAGCUCCACAAAACCCGGCAACUCAGCCCCGCCUCCACCCCCGACGUUCAAUCGCGGCGGCAACCGUGGACCCUCCUCAGCACAACAGGCUUCUGGAUUGCCUCACAGUCGCGAAAAACCCCUUCCACCACCUCCUGCAACCAAAGGGCCUCCUCCACCGCCAUCAUCUUCUCGUGAUGGACCUCCUAGACAUCCCCCCCUUUCAUCUCGCUCUUCUUCAUCCUCAUCCUCCUCAAACGCACCCCCACCACCACCUCCUUAUCGCCAGCCACCUAAUGUUGCAAAUGGUGACCCAGCACCUGAGUUGCCAAAGAGGCGAAAUUCGUUGAACAAGAGGGGACAUUCAAAUGCUAACGUUCGUGGGCAGGCUCCACCUCCUCCCCCUCCUGCCCAACAGAACAGACGACCCCCACCACCAGCACGCGACCCAGUGGGCCGCAGCACAGCUCCUCAGGUUCCUCCUCCUGGGUCUCGUAAUGGGGUUAGGGAAACACCACCCCCUCCGCCUCCUUACAGGCCACAAACCUCCUCUGAACCCCCUAGUCGAGGGAAGCCCCCUCCUCUCUCCUCCACUGGACGUCAGCCUUCAGGACAUGCACCUCAUCCUCCACCUCUCCGGAAUGGACAUACACCAUCUGUCUCCAAGACCUUUACUGAUGAUUUCGAGGCCAGGUACGAAUUCCACCCUAUAGAGGAUCUGCCCCUUCCUGAAGAAUACAGACCUUUCCAGAAGAUCUACCCCAGCAAAACCAACAGGGCUAUAAUGAGAGGUGCUCCUCCACUGCCUCCUGUAGGAAGGUGAACACCAGUCAGGGGCAUGAAGGACCAAAAAGAGAAGAUGCAUACACACACACACACACAAAUACAUGGCACAUACUGUGUAUAUAUGUGUGUGUUUGUGUGUCAAACAAACAAUAAUUACAUAUACAAACACACUAAUACAUCAACAUCAUUCUUCGGCAACACUAUAUACAUACACUACAUGAUUUUAUCAUCCAAACCAUUCCAGAAUGCUGUACCUCUAGACCUGAAUACACUGUGCAAUAUCCCUGUGCUGCCUAGAAAAUGCACCUUCUCAUAUUGUGCCCGAUAACAGAGGCACAGCGUAGCAAUUAAGCCAGAGCAGACAACUCCAAUUACCAUGGAGCUAGAUGCAUGCAUUCCACCUCUUUCUCACAGCCACCAAAGUUUUAGAUUUGUUUAAUAAAUGGAAAAAUGUGUAGCACUUGUAGAUUAUUGAUGUCUAUGCAUAUGGAUUCUUAUGAGACGCAUGUCUGUAUUUCUCUGGACAAUCAUUCUGUUGUAUUGCAAUUUAUGUUUGACUUUUUGUGUGUGUUUCUGUAUUUUAUUCUCUCUCUCUCUCUCUCUCUCUCUCUCUCUCUCUCUCUCUCUCUUUUUUUUUUUUUUUAACUCAAAGAGGUGUGUCCAGGAAUAAGUUCAUUUAAAUUUUGAAAGUGUUUGCUCACACCACACAGGCCAUGAAACGGCCCUUCCUUUUUUAACCAUAGUCAUGUAUUCUUUUAUUUUCCUGGUCACACUACAGAGCGGUAUGCUGUAGAUAGGGAACAUUAGAAGCCAGUUACUACUUUAUUUUUCACUUAUUUUAACUUUAUAAUAGUUCGUUGAACAGCUAAGUAUGUGAGAACAUCAGUGAACAUCAUUCCUUUUUUUGUUGUCGAGCCUAACACCCCUUGUUUGCUUCACCUCUGUCAUGAAUAACUUUAAUAGCCAGUACUGUUAUCUCAACUAAGUGAAGAACCCGGUUUUUGCUCAUUGUUGAAUCUAAGCUACUUUAUAACUGACCGAAUAUACACUAAGUGCCACAUGAUCUCCCAUAGAUUUGUGAUUUAGAUGGACAUAGAUUUUUAAAAAUUUUUUUUUUUUUUUAAUGUAUUUUUGCAUUUCUGCUUCUCUUGUACUUCAUGCAGUCUUGUAGUGCCAUCAUCUGGCUCAUCUGCACCCUUUCUCCUACUGGGUACCAAGUUUUUUUUAAGGAUAUUAUACAUUGCCUUUAAAAAAAAAAAAGAAAAAAAAAAUUUUUUUUUUUUUUUCCUAAAAGCUGAAUUUCAGGAAAUAGUUUUUGUAGAUUAUUUUGUAUACAACACUACAAGUAUGGGCGUUUUUAAGAGGGCUGUUUCAAUUGUGUGACAUUGUAUCAUAAGGAAUUAAAUACAAAGAACACUUUAAAUGUU